UUCCACCCAGACACAAUGAGCACAAUGCUGCCUGUCCUGCUGUCCCUACUGCUUCUUGUGGGUCUUGCAAACACCCAAGAUGGACGUUACUCUCUGAGGUUCCACUAUACUGGGGUGUCCAGGCCCAAGGCAGAAGUCUCCCAUUUUCAAGCCACUGGCUACCUCAAUGAUCUAGCCUUCCUCCACUAUGAUAGUAAUGGUCAAGUGGCUAAGCCCUUGGGCCCAUGGACACAGGUGAAAGGAAUGAUGGACUGGGAGAAGGAAACUCAGUUGCAGAAGGCCAGGGAGGACACCUUCAUGGAGACCCUGAAAGACAUCAUGAACUAUUACCAGGAUGGAGGGAAUCACACUCUUCAAGGAAGGUUCGGUUGUGAGCUUCGGGAUAACAACUACUGUGGAGCAUUCUGGACAUAUAUUUACGAUGGACAGGAAUACAUCAAGUUCAUCACAGAAAUCCCAGCCUGGUUCCCUCGGCAAACAAAAGCUGUGUUCACAGAAGUAAAGUGGGAGACAGAAGACUCUUUGCAGCGUCCCAAGGCCUACCUGGAAGAAGAGUGUCCCCAGCUCCUGCGGAAUUACCUGCAGUACAACAAGACAUUCCUGGACAGUAAAGACCCUCACUCCAAGCUGUAUCUUUCCACACAUGCUCCCUCUGUGUCAUUCACCAGCCAGGAGGGCCCAGAAAACAUCAGGACCCUCAAGUUCCUGGCCUACAACUUCUGCCCAGGACCAAUCAGUAUGUACUGGACUCAAACAGGCAACACAGUGGAGACUGAUGAAUGGGGAGACAUCGUUCCCGGUGAAGAUGGCACUUACCACUCCUGGGUGACGGUGAAAGUCCCCUCUUCAGACACAGGCCCCUACUUCUGCCACGUGCAGCAUAGCAUCCUGGCCCAGACCCUCACUGUCCUAUGGAAUGAAAGGCACGAAUCACAGGCUGCAGGCACUUCCUAG